UCACGGUCCAGGGCAGUCCGAGAAGCGCACUCAACAGCUGCACUACGUAUCGCUGCUCCUCUUCACUUCAUUAUUUUUUUUUUAUUUAAUUAUUAAUUUUUCACAAUUUAAAUUAAUCAAUUUUUAUUAUUAUUAUUAUUUAACAAGUAUAGUGAUUAAAUAAUUUGUGAUUUUAUUAUUUAUUAUAUUAUAUUUUUUUUGUUUGUGAGUGAAUAAUUAUUAUUAAAAUUUAAAAAAGAUUGUGCCUAAUUGUGAUUUUCUUGUUUUUUAAAUGAAAAAUAAUAUUUUUUAAUUUGUUUACGGGACACUGUGUAAUUUUAUCAAUAAAAAAAAAAUAUAUAUAAACAAGUGGAAAAAAUAAUUUAAUUAUAUAUAUAAACUGGAAUAAAUCAACAGAUAAUAAAUUAUAUAUUAUUUUUAUAAAAUAUAAAAAAAAUAUUAAAUCAUUUGAAAUAUAUAUAUAUUGGAUUGUGAUAAGCAAAUUGGAAGAUUUUUUAAAAUAUUUUCCAUAGCUGAAUUGAAUUUAACUUGAUUUAUUAAAGCAAAUGUUAUUGAGGGAUUGAGCGGAAAUGUUCCACGGAAGUGGAAGUAGUGCUUACGGCCCUGGUACCGAAUACCAAACAUCUCAAUUGCAACAUCAACAACAACAACAACAACAGCAACAACAACAACAACAACAACAACAGCAACAACAGCAACAGCAACAACAACAACAUAAUCAACAACAGCACAGUCAACAACUUCAGGCACCAGUUUAUGUACCAUCAUCACGACCAGCCAUUUCUUCAUCAGCAACUGCACAAUAUCAUUCAUUUCCUAGUUCUGCAUCACCAGGAUGGGAAAAAACAUCAUGGCAACAUGGAGUUGAUAGUUAUGCAGCACAUCAUGCAUUGGCAAGUCAUACUGGUAGUUCAACUGGUAGUCAAUUAGCUAGUCAUCCUGGACAUGCUCAUCCACAUCCUGGACAUCCACAUUCAACUCUUGCUGCUCCAUUUUAUGCACAAAAUGUUGCAAUGAUGUCAUCAUGGAGAGCAUAUGAUAGUGCUGGUUUUCAACGUGCAUCACCAUACGAUACGGCAAUGGACUUUCAAUUUGCCGAGGGACGUGAAUGCGUUAAUUGCGGGGCAAUUUCUACUCCACUUUGGCGACGUGAUGGCACGGGACAUUAUUUGUGCAAUGCAUGUGGUCUUUAUCAUAAAAUGAAUGGAAUGAAUCGACCUCUUAUCAAACCAUCAAAACGCCUCAUCUCCGAAUUCCAGACGGCGACAAGACGACUUGGUUUAUGCUGUACCAAUUGUGGAACAAGAACAACAACAUUAUGGCGACGUAACAAUGAAGGAGAACCAGUUUGUAAUGCUUGUGGUCUUUAUUUUAAAUUACAUGGUGUUAAUCGUCCAUUGGCUAUGAGAAAAGAUGGUAUACAAACAAGAAAAAGAAAACCGAAAAAAACACCAGACACAAAUUCAUCAUCAAAAACAAAUGAUCAUGAAACAUCAACAUCAUCAACAUCAUCACCAUCAAUUGAAAUGAAACAUAAUCAUCAACAUCAACAUCACCACCAACAACAGCAACAACAACAACAUUUACAAAUUGAAGCAUCAAAAUCAACGUCAUCAUCAUCAUCAACAACAAUAUCAAGUGGUGCUGAACGACCAGUAUAUCUUGGUCAUGUUCCAUUACUAUCAACAAGUAGUACAAUAAUACCAACAGUUAAAACUGAACCAAGAAGUUGUGAUGGUAUUAUUGGACAACCAUAUACAUCAUAUUAUCAACAUCCACAUCAACUUGAUACACCACCAACGACUGAGCAUCAACAACAAAAUUAUUACAACACCCAAGAGACAUCAUAUCAUCAACAUCAUGUUACAACUGCCGCUAAACUUCUCGCCUCAUCAUAGAUCAAUUUUAUUAUUUUUUAUCAAAUUAAAUUUUAAUAAUAUUAAUAAUAUUAUAAUUAAUAAGUAAACGAGACUUGUCAUAAUUAUUUUUUUUUAUCUUUGAAUACAUGAAAAUAAAAUUAGAAUUUAUUUCCAUGUCAUUUUAUAUAUAUAAUUGGAAUUUUUUUUAAUUGUUGUUUUUUUAUUUCAAUUAUUGUCAAGAGAGUACUCGAUGUGUGAUAUUUAAGUUAUUUUUGGCACACGCAAUAUUUACUUGAACUCAUCAUUCAAUUUUCAUGAUUUUUUUUUUUUUUUUUUUUUUUGUAAAUAUAUAUAUCCCGAAGCAAUAAUAAAUAAUACUAGUAUAAAAAAAUAAGAGAAAGUAAAAAAAUAAAAAAAACGAAAAAAAAAAAAAAAUACACGUUAAUAAUAAUCCAUAUAUAAUAUUAAUAAUAAAAAUAUAUAUAUAUAUCACAG